AUGGCCGAAACAGCCGAUAUCAGCCACAAGAAGCGCAAGCUGCAAGAUGGCCCCGAACUAGAAAUCGACAUCGAUGCACCGGAACCGGUCUCCAAAAAAGCGUUGCGCAAAGCGAAAAAGAACAAGGGCGGUGAUUCUGAGGAGGGGGAGAAGACCAAGUCUAGCAAAUCCAGCAAAUCCAGCAAGCCCAGCAAAGACGAAACCAAGGAUCUCGAGGAGGAAAAUCCUACCGGCAAACGCUCUGAAUAUGGCGUUUGGAUUGGAAAUUUGUCUUUCACAGUGACACGAGAUGAGCUGCGCAUGUUCUUCACGGCGAAUUCCGACAUCUCCGAAUCUGCCAUCACUCGGAUUCAUCUUCCCAAGGGACCUGAGAAGUUUGGAAGGCCCCAAAACAGAGGUUUCGCUUACGUCGACUUCACCAACAAGAAGGCACUGAAAGAGGCAAUUGGUCUCAGCGAGCAGCUCAUGACUGGCCGCCGUGUACUCAUCAAAGACGCAAAGAACUUCGAGGGUCGUCCUGACAAGUCUGAGAGGGAAGCAAAUGCCUCCGGCGCCGCCGCCAAGUCCGGUCACCCCCCGUCCAAGCGGCUCUUCGUCGGUAACUUGAGCUUCGAUGUCACCAAGGAGGCCCUCGAGGAAAAUUUCAGCAAGUGUGGAACAGUCAACAACGUGCAUAUGGCUACCUUCCAGGACACAGGAAAAUGCAAGGGAUAUGCUUGGGUGGAAUUCGAAGAGCUCGCCGCAGCAGAAGCAGCGGUGAGAGGUUUCAUGCUAGUGAAGGAGGACGAUGGCCAGGAAGACGAUCCUUCCGAUAGCGAAUCCGACUCGGCCUCCGAAAAGAAGUCGAAAAAGCUCAAGCCCAAGAUGCGCAGAGUGUGGGUGAACCAGCUCUUUGGUCGUCGCAUGCGUAUGGAGUUUGCCGAAGAUGCGUCCACACGAUACAAGAAGCGCUUUGGCAAGGAUGCCGAGAAGAAAGAUGGGCCCGCUAUCACCGAAGAAGGCGAAUCACAAGAGAAGCCUCGAUACAAGAAGAGACAGGAGCCUAUUGACGAGUCUCGCUACUCCAAGGAGACCGUGCAGAAGCUCAGCGGUGGAAUUGUUGAAUCCCAAGGCAAGAAAGUCACCUUUGAUUAA